UUAAUAUAUUUUUGUAAUUCUUCAAAUCUCUACUUCAUUGGCAUGUAAAAAAUCUUUCAUUCAGGAUUAAUAUAUUUUAAACGAAUCAGUAUUUUACUGCGUUGAGAUAAUGCAUAGUUUUUUAUUUGUUAUUUAAGUGGAACUUGGUGCUCAUGAAAAAGACAUGAUGAUGUCCUAGUCUUUUAUAUUGCAGUAUUAAGAAUCCUUUUUACUUAGCUAUGUCAAGUUUGAGUUGUAUUCGUCAAGCAUUAUGCUGUGUGAAUUUGUUAUUCUGGGUCCUUGGUUGUGGUAUGUUAGGAGUAGGCAUCUGGCUACAUCUGGCAUAUCAAGGUUAUUCCAAAUUGCUUUUGACUCACCAGAUGUUGAGUGGUGACAGCUUGGCUAUAGUGGCUGGAGUUCUGACAUUUUUACUUGGAUUUUUAGGCUGCUGUGGCUCUUGGUUUCAAAGUAAAUGUCUUCUAAGAAUGUAUUUUAUAAUGGUCAUACUCAUUCUUUUGCUCGAAUUUACUGCAGGAACUCUUGGUUUCAUUUAUAGAAAACAUGUUGGAGAUGUUUUACAAGAUGAACUGCUGUUGGGUAUACAAAACCGAUAUACUACUGAUAAUGAACAUGGUUUGAGAGAAAUUUGGGAUCAUAUUCAAGAUGAAUUUAUGUGUUGUGGUGUAAAAGGAUAUCAAGAUUGGUUUCAUGUAUCAGCUUGGCCAGAUAAAGAAUGGGUUCCUUCUAGUUGCUGCCUUCCAAAAUUUUCUAAUCUGACCUCAUGUGGGAAAAUGGAAGAUGCUUCAUAUUUCUACCAAUCAGGCUGUUACCCUAGAAUACAUUCAUGGCUUAUGGAAAGAUUAUAUGUAGUGGGCAUCAUCAGUUUAGUCUUUGCUUUUGUUCAGUUAUUUGGAAUAAUAUCAGCUUUAUUCAUUGUAUGUUCUAUGACUUCCAAAAGAAGAUAAUUUUUUGAUUCUACAAUGACAGUGGUACUAUUGAAUUUCCUCCUCCCCAAAAAUGGUUUAUUGAGCAUUUUGCUAUGCACCAUGACAAAGUAAAAGAUCUUGGAAUUAUUCAAAUACAUUUCCUGUGUAAAAUGCUGAAGCAAAAGAAAGAAGUCUUUCACAAGAUUUUUUUUAUAUCUCUUAAAGUGCAAAGAAGCCCUGUAUUGUUAGGUAAAUGGUUAGGUAAAAGUAUGUCCAUAAACAUAUCUGUGUUUUCACAUGUGCCUAUAUCUAGACUGCCUUUUAAGCCUUAUGUACUGUAUUAUUGCUGACAAAAUCCUUUAUGAAUAGUAUAAUUUUAAUUUUUUGUAUUACAUUAAAAAAUGUAUUAGUCUCAUGCACAAUAUUUGAAGUUGAUACUUUCUGAAGCUGUCAGAAUUAAAAGCUCUUUACUCAGAACUCAUUUUUGCAUACAGAAAUUCAGAUUAAUACAAAAUCGUAAUUUAAAUUAAUGGAGUUUAAUGAAAAAAAAUUGUGUACUCUUCAAUUUGAUUGUAUUUAUAUAUUAAUACAUAUUUUGUUUGAAUAAUAUUAUUUUAUUGAAAAGUCAGAUUUAAGUAGCAAAAACAAAUUUUAUUUUUAAAAAAUACAUUGUUAUUGUAAAUAGUAUAUUUUUAUGCAUUUGUAAUUACCAUAUAUAAUUUUCAUGUUUUUGCUAUGUGUAAAUUAGUGUACUUGCCAUAAAAAAACUGCAUUUUAGGUGCCUUUAUUCAGGAAAAGUAUAUUUCAGGGUACCCCUUGGCAUAAAUGAAACAACUGGGCAAUAAUGCAAGGGGUACCCUAAAAUAUAGACUACCCCUUUAUUCUCUUAUGUAUCAUUUCAACAUUUUUCAAAUAGUUUGAUACAUAUUUUAAAAACUAUUUAAAAACUAGAUAUUGUCAUUUCAAAAAAAUUGGAGAGGCUUCUGAAUGCAUUAUAUUGUAUUCUGAUGUGGAAAUGAUGCAUAUAGUGCCUUUAUAUAUAUAUAUAUAUAUAAGGUACUGCCUAUACAAAAAAAAAAUUGCAUUUUUUAAGAAACUUACCGAUUGAGCAGUAUAUAUUUUUUUUUUUUUUUUUGUGUGUGUGUAUAUAUAUAUAUAUAUAUAUAUAUGUAUAUCUUUCUAUUUCACUGGUAUUUAUACAAAACAAAUUAUGAAAUGUAAGGGAAAGUGGCAACUAAAACAGUAUGGGAAAUAUUGUCAGAAAAUCACAUUUCACAGUAUAUUGUCUCUAAUUUAGUAAUUGUGAUAUGUUAUCCUACCCACCAAUUAAAUAAAAGUGAACAAUUCCAGGGAGACAGUGAAUAAUAUCUGUGUGUCAUUAUAAACUUUGCAUGCAUAAACUUUGUAAGUCCAAAAGAAUGAAGUUCCAUCAUUGUAAGUGCAUACUUUAUUUCUAGAACAUAAGGUAAUUAUUAUUUUUUCAUCAAAUUUUUAUAAUGGUACAAAUUUUUUAAAAUGUGUAUUUGUUGCGUUUCCAGAAUAUGAGUUACUUUUUUUUUUUUUUUUUUUUUUUUUUUUUUUUUGUUGUUGUUGUCUGUUUUUGCUGAUGCAGUACAUGUUUAUUCCUAAAUAUACCAUUACAUUAGUUAUUAUACUUUUCUCUGGAAUUGUCUUUUGUUCAUUUUUAUUAUUUUUUAUGUAUUUUUGUUAUUAUUUUUACUGGGUAUACAUUGUUGACAUAUUUGCUUGCAGACUUUCAGAAUUUUCAAUGAUGAAUUGCUUUAUAGCAGUGGUUCCCCAUCUGUAGAGUAUCUGGAGGGCAAGAUAAAGUUUUAUUGGGGGGGAAAUCACCACUCAGUCAGCUGCCAGUGUGUAAACAAUGAACAAAAAUUUUCAAGAAAGUGGGGAACAUAGAAAUGUUUGGGAACCCCUGCUUUAUAGUACAGUCAAAAGUCUUUAAUUCGGACUCAUGGGGACUUCAGGGAUUCUGGAUUAUGGAUCAGUUUAAAUCUGGUAAGAUGGCAUGCAGAAGUUAUAAAAUUAAAAAUAUGAAACCAUAAUUUAAGAAAUAAAGAGCAAUUGUGAUCUAAAGGGUAUCAAAAUUUACAAAAAAAAAAAGC